AUGUCACUUAGUUCACCAUUUUUUGAGUUCUUUGAUGCGAUUAAUAAUGAGGUUGCCGCAUUUAAUAAUAGGCUUGUUAAUGUGGCACGACCAGCGACAGGUGCGUUGAUUAAGGCGGGCAAAAAUAGGGUAUUGGGAAGAAACUGGCCCUUGGAGGAUACUGGUCUUGUUCCGCCUGUUGACAUGAUGGAAUAUCAUGAGAAGUACGAGGUCAAUGUGUCAGUUCCAGGAAUGCUUUCAAAGGAGGACAUCAAUGUGGAAUACCAUAGUGCGAACAAUGAAAUAAUUAUUUCUGGGGAAAUACCAAUUAAAGAGGCCGAGGAGGGAACGAGCAACUGGCUUUUGAAGGAGCGUGCUACUGGUAGUUUCCGUCGUGCUUUAGAGUUCCCUGAGAGGCCUGGAAUUGAUGUUGAGAAAAUCUCUGGGAGUUAUGAGAAUGGAGUAUUGGUUUUGACUAUUCCCAAGUUGUCCGCUGAUGACAGUGCUGGGUCCGUUAAAAAGAUCACAAUUGGCGAAAAAAAGUAG